AGUGUAAUCACAGUCCUCAGAAACAUAAAUCAGUGACUGCUAUAGGCGAGGAUGUCUCAAGUUCCUGCUAACACAAACAUCUAAGACUCCUAGCAGCAAGUAUUGGUAUCUACGUACAACCACGAUAUUGGAUCUUAAUUGGAAAUGUCAUCAGAUAUGUGAUUUCAGUUCAACUUUGUCUGGAUUGAGAUAAUCAUUAACGACUCAGCCCCUUGAGAUUUGGAUUGUCUGAGCGACAAAUAAGACAAACACACUUUUUUAAGAAGAUAAGGGACUUCUAAGAAUUGACAGUAUAAUUGGAGAAACAUAUUUGACACCAUGACAUCUUCGAUGGUACUUAUUUGGACGCCAUUACUGGUGCUGGUUUCGUUCCAAACAGUCAACAGUGACGAACCCCCACCGACGACAACACUGUCCCCGAGCUCCGGAGGAGGCGGAUUCUCCUUUAAUAGCGGGACGUCAGUUGGCGGUGGUGGAAAUUCACAAUUUGUUGUCCGUCAGGUUUCUACCAAUUCUGGUUUUAAUAGACCGUAUGGUAGAAGAGCACAACAGCAACAGUUUGUGUCAUUUCAACGUCCUCACAUGCGUACAAUGCACUAUCAGAGGCCUAUGUACAGGCAUGUGAACGUUGUAAGGAUACCUUACUACUAUACACAAUACUACACUUAUGUGCCACCACCCCUUAGAUAUUUCUUCACAAACUUUGAUGCAGGGAUUAAGCAGUUUGACUUCAGUGCAAAUGACGGCAGCGCAGCCAUAGGUGAUGGGGGAGCCGUUAUUAGUUUUGGCGGCGGAGGUAAUGAAGAGAUGAAGUUUGUUGGUAGCGAUCGGGGUGGCGGAUCAAUGAUUUCUAUGGCAGAGCAACAGCAGCAGAUGCAACAGCAACAACAGCAGCAGCAACAGCAAACACAGCAGCAGCAGCAGCAACAACAACAGCAGAUGCAACAGCAACAGCAGAUGCAACAACAACAGCAGCAGCAGCAGCAGCAGCAGAUGCAACAGCAGAUGCAACAGCAGAUGCAGCAGCAGCAACAACAAGAACAGGCAGCAUUCGCUGCGAGACAGCAGGCAAUGGCCGAAGCUAUGACAAGUCAUUGGGCCAUGAAAGGAGCACAUAUUGGUAGUGGAGGGGUUUUAGGAGGAAGAGGAAUGACAGCCUCAAAUGGGGGUCAUGUGUUUGAGCAAUUUUCGAGUCAUUCUGGAAUGAUAGGCGGUUCCAGGUUCGGCCCCGCUCCUCAAGUUAAUGGACCCCUUAGUCCAGGUCCAGUCCUUUCUAAUAUGGGACCAGGACACGUUGGACCCCAGGUGAAUCCUCCCUUCUCAAAAUAA